AACAAACCCAAUACUUAAACAGUUAACCCAACCCCGGUUUAGCUUACCCAGCCGCGCCACGAAAACGCUCUUCGCGCGUGCGUCCUUCUCUUGCAUUUAUUUCUUUCUGAGCAACUCUGUAGUCUCUCAUGGCGUCGAGUAUGGCUUGCUUUCCGUUUCACUACCACCAGUAUCAGCUAUAGCAGCAAGUUCGUUAGAAACAGAGGAGCCUCAGCUAUCAAAUACACAAGUGUAUAGUAACUAUUUCAUUCAACGGUGCCGUCUUGAAGGAGAUCUGGAUUUCGGUUUUGGUUCUAGCUAUGGAAGAGGAGAAUAAGUUAGAGCUAGUACAGAGCCUGAUCGAUACAGUUAACGAGAUGCCGUCGACGUCCGAUUACAGGUCUACUGUUAAGAAGCAGUACUGCAAUAUGGCGAGGAGAUUGAAGCUGUUAACCCCAAUGUUCGAGGAGAUUAGGGAAAGCAAGGAAGCGAUUCCAGAAGAGACCGUUAGCGCUCUGCUCUCUUUAAAGGAAGCCUUGGAUUCUGCAAAGGAGCUUCUCAGAUUUGGCAGCGAAGGCAGCAAGAUUUAUCUGGUCCUGGAGAGGGAGCAAAUAAUGAAUAAAUUCCAUGAUGUGAUUAAUAAGUUGGAACAAGCUUUAAGUGGAAUUUCCUAUGAAAACCUUGAUAUAUCAGACGAAGUUAAGGAACAGGUUGAGCUUGUUCUUACUCAGUUCAGAAGAGCCAAAGGAAGGGCCGACUCUCCAAAUGUUGGGCUGUAUGAGGAUCUGUUAUCCCUUUCCAACAAAACCAACGAUGCAGCAACAGAUCCAGCUGUGCUGAGGAGAUUGUCUGAGAUAUUGCAAUUGACAGGGAUAGCUGAUCUCACACAAGAGUCACUAGCUCUUCAUGAGAUGGUUGCUGCCAGUGGUGGAGACCCCGGUGAGAGUAUUGAGAAGAUGUCAAUGCUAUUGAAGAAAAUAAAGGAUUUUGUGCAGACUGAAAACCCCAACUUGGAUGGUCCUGGAAGAGAAAAGAAUCUUCCUCCAAGUGGCAGUGGACAACUUCCUUCCGAAGGGAACGUCGGGGUUCCAGUUAUACCAGAUGAUUUUCGAUGUCCAAUAUCCCUGGAGUUGAUGAAGGAUCCUGUUAUUGUUAAAACUGGGCAGACCUAUGAGCGUUCCUGCAUUGAGAAGUGGCUGGAUGCGGGACAUGGCACAUGCCCAAAGACGCAGCAGACUCUCACCAAUACUGUUCUUACACCCAACUAUGUGCUUCGUAGCCUCAUCGCCCAGUGGUGUGAGGCCAAUGGCGUCGAACCACCAAAACGACCUAGCAGUUCUCGACCCAGUAAAACCACAUCCUCGUGCUCUCCUGCUGAACGUACUAAGAUUGAAAUUCUCCUCUGCAAGCUCACAUCUGGUAACCCUGAGGACCAGCGGUCUGCUGCAGGUGAGAUCCGCCUUCUUGCCAAACGAAAUGCGGAUAAUCGUGUUGCCAUUGCUGAAGCUGGUGCAAUCCGACCUCUUGUUGAACUCCUUUCAACAUCUGAUUCCCGCACCCAAGAGCAUGCUGUUACAGCACUUCUUAACCUUUCCAUAUGUGAAGAUAACAAAGGAAGUAUUAUAACCUCGGGGGCUGUACCAGGAAUUGUUCAUGUGCUUAAGAAGGGAAGCAUGGAAGCUAGGGAAAAUGCUGCUGCCACCCUUUUUAGCCUCUCUGUUGUGGACGACAAUAAGGUUACAAUUGGUGCCUCAGGCGCCAUACCCCCACUAGUGACGCUGCUGAGUGAAGGUACCCAAAGAGGGAAAAAGGAUGCUGCAACAGCACUCUUCAAUUUGUGCAUUUACCAAGGAAACAAAGGAAAGGCGGUAAGGGCUGGAGUUGUGCCCAUAUUAAUGCGGCUACUGACGGAACCUGGAGGUGGAAUGGUGGAUGAGGCGUUGGCCAUACUAGCAGUACUGGCCAGCCAUCCUGAAGGGAAGGCAGCCAUUGGAGCUGCUGAUGCAGUGCCAGUUUUGGUUGAUGUUAUUGGAAAUGGGUCACCGAGAAACAGAGAGAAUGCGGCUGCAGUCCUGGUGUACCUUUUUUCUGCAGAUCAAAAGUAUUUGGUAGAGGCUCAGGAGCUUGGAGUCAUGGGUUCACUGUUGGAUUUGGCACAAAAUGGUACGGACCGGGGAAAGCGAAAAGCUUUACAGUUGCUGGAGCGAUUGAGCAGGUUUGUUGGCCAGCAGAAGGAGGCCCACGCACAAGCCGAGGCUCAAUCUCAAGCACAACAGCCACGGCCAUCCUCCACUGCGAAUACUGUGGAUAGCUGAGGUUUUCCCCCCAUUUUAAUUUUGUUUACCUUGUUACUUCAUUUUGUUUCCCUUUUUUGUAUUGAAAGAAGCUGAUUUGCUUCGGAGGGAAAGGUGGAAGAUCACCUGCCCCAUUCUGUAAGUGAUAUCAUUUGUUCGUGUGGGACAAGAUUUACAAUUGCAAGAUAUAUACAUGCAAAUCCAAUGGGGACCAGGAAGAAAAAUUGGAUAGGUUUUGAGUAACUGACGUACGUGUAUGAAUUGUAUCACUGUGCCA